AUGUCGACAGCAAUGCAGAAAUUAAAAGGAGGAGAUGCUAUUCUGACAAUGGAUCCAAGACUACGGAGAAAUCCAGCAUCAGUCCAAGCAGUGGAAAAUGUCCUUAAACUUGCUCGACAUUGUCUUGCACCUUCAAGACACUCAAGACCAUCCAUGAGGAAAUGCGCCGAAGUGUUAUGGAAAAUUCGGAAAGAUUUCAGAGAAAAAACCCUUUCUCAUGCAGCUUGCGCUUCUCACCAUUCUGUAAAUGUUGUGGAGAGAGAUGCAAGACAGGAUCGCAAAACUUUGUUUGGGAUUGAAGAUAGUGAGAGCUAUACGUUUCGUUCUGCAUAG